UUUCAAACUAGUAUUUAAGAUAAAAAGAAAAAACAGUUACGUACCUAUCCAAAAAUAUUUACCUAAGAGGCCAGACAUAAUUCUAUUUCAAUAAAAACGGGCAUCAACCAAAUAAUAUAUUCAUUAAACGAACAAAAUCAGCUUGUCAUUCUAGCUUUGGCAAAAACUGCCUUAAAAAUUAGCAGCCUUACCAGUUUCUGUUUCAUUUUGGAAGCUGAGAAAGAAUAUAACUACAAAAAAGAUGGGGUUUAAAAUGAGUGACUUUAAAAAUAAUAGCCUGUAUGAUCGGAUGAAUAAAUUACUUGUCUCUUAUGAUUGGAGCGACUGUAAUUUUAUUGUGUGUGGAAAAGAGUUUAAGGCACAUAAAUUAAUAUUAGGCAUAAGUAGCCCCGUGUUUGAGGCAAUGUUUUACGGACCAUUAUCAUCAAAUGAUAAUAUUGUGAUCACUGACAUAGACCCUUCUAUAUUUCAUCUUCUUCUACAUUUUAUUUAUACUGAUAAAGUGCACAUCUUAUCCAUUGAACAAGCAUAUGAUCUGUUAUAUGUGUCCAAGAAAUACAUGUUAGACUCUCUAACGGGAAUUUGCAUAGAAUAUAUUGAAGCCAAUAUGAGUAUUGACAAUGUCAUAACAAUCCUUAACUACCCAGAUUAUAUGCAAGAAAAUGAAAUACUUACAUCUGCAUUGAAUCUCUUCUGUCAGCAUGCACAGUAUUUAUUGCAAGAACACAAAACUGACAUAUCCAUAUCAUGUUUAAGAAAAAUAUUAGAGUGCAAUGAUAUAAAUGUGAGUGAAAAAGAUUUGAUCAAGAUAACAUUUGAAUGGACCUUCAAUUAUUGUGAACAAAAUAACUUGAGUAAAGAAACAAAUAUGUGUAGAGAUAUCCUUAUAAAGAGUGGAUUAUUUUCAUUGUUAAGAUUUUCUACUUUGUCUGAAGAUGAGCUUAAAGAAAUAGCUCUUGAUCAAACAAAUCUCCUCGUUCCAACUGAAAUUGAGAAUUUGGAACAGAUUGUUAAAAAAGCAGUAAACACCCCUGACAAUGGUAUUAAGAAAGUGGAUGACAUAAUGUGUAUAAUACCAGUUCCUCGAAAUGUAAUAAAGAUCCAGUGGCACCUUUGUCAUCGAGCUCUUAUUCGAUCUGAAUCUCCAAUAUCAAUAGAUUCUCAUAACAAUUGUAUAUACACAAGACUGAAGGCUGACAAAUCCUUUUUCAUACAUUCCCUCAAAAUUCAGUCGAGGAUGGCUCCUGUGGAUAAUUUCUGUAACUCAAUUAAUACCUAUAUGGAAGAGUUUUUAAUCUCAAUAAUUUCAGAAUCUGAUAACAGUAUUAUUAGAAAACUUAAUUUUAAGAAAGAGAUUGAAUAUGAUUCUAAUAUUGAUAUUGAAUUCUUGGAACCAUUAUGUAUUAGAAAGGAUAAGUGGUAUAGAAUAGGAUUUAUAUGGCCGAACCAAAGAUUAUUUGAUACACAUUUAUAUAGUGUGCAAAGCAGAGAUCUGUGCUAUAUGCUAUAUAAUAAUAAGAUUAAGUUUGAAUUUCAAGACAUCCUAUCAUUAUCUGAUAGUUGUGGAAGUUUUCUUAAGGGUCUAAAAUUCUGUCUGUAAUUUUAAGUCUCUAUUAACUAUUUAAUUAUAAAUCGCAUGCCAAACCAUUUUAUUUAUUUAUACUUACAUUUAAGCAAACUUUUAACUGUUUGAGAAUAUCAUGUAUCAUAUAGUUAUUUAAAAAAGUAAUUGAAAAUAGGCAAGUAGUUAUUAGUAAGGUCUAUAUUUAAGAUAUUAUAGUACUUAC